AUGGAUUAUCUCCGCCUUAUCGAUAGCCUGUGGUGGCUCAUGCACCCCAAUACUCUCUUUGGCUUGUUCAGUCUUCUGGCGACUACUGUCGGUCUCUACCUUGGCAUCCAAAACACCCUACUCUUCGGCCUAGUCCUCGUUCUUGGCUACUUCUUCGGCCGUAAUGGCGCCUCGUUCAAUUGUCCUCACUGGUACCUCCGUGGCGUGCCCAUACCAGCGGACAUGAAGCCCUCUGACCGUGAGACUUGGAUCACCAGGUUGCGCGGUGAGCUGGCAAGAUUCGGUGUCAUCUUUGUACGAGAGCGUAGCGAAGGGAUGUCUGGUAUGUCGGAAGUCGCUCGCGCAGCGUAUAUCGAAGAGUUGUUCGGACGACUGCAUGACGCUGCGGAUGCCAUGACGGACGAGGAGAAGAGGGCGUAUGGAAAAAGGUUGGCAAGGCAGUUCAUGUGGUUCCAAGAGGGUUCGGUAGGCUGGCUCGGCAUGGGAGGCUCUUUGCCGCCGAUGCCACCUGGAGUAGGAGAAUAUGGUAGCGGUUACGGUGGAAGACACGGUUUGACGUGGAUAGGCAGGGACUGA